AUUCAAGCGGCCUUGCUCGAUAGCCAGCCUCUCAGCCUCACGCCAAAUCGAUCCCACGACGACGCGCCUAAAAACCGCCGACUUCACCCCCGAUCAAUUAUACAGCAGUUUAAGCGCCUAAACCCUCUCAAAUAGCCAACAUGAAGCUGGUUCGUUUGAGCUUCCGUACUGACUUGGCACGACUAGUUUUCUUAUGAAAUGCGCCAACGAAACGGUGACAAUUGAGUUGAAAAAUGGAACCAUUGUUCAUGGCACUAUUUCCUCAGUCUCUCCCCAGAUGAACACCGCCCUCCGCACCGUCAAGAUGACCAUCAAGGGGCAGGAGCCCAUCUCCCUCGAGACCAUGAAUAUUCGAGGUUCUACAAUCCGAUAUUUCAUCCUGCCCGACUCUUUACCCCUCGACACACUGCUUAUCGACGACGCACCUAAGCCCAAGAACAAGGCACGAAAGGAGGCCGAGCGGGGCGGACGGGGAGGACGAGGCAGAGGCGGUCCCAGGGGACGCGGGCGUGGUGGAGGCCGCGGUCGCGGAGGACGGCCUUAGAGUGGACGGCCCUAAACGAGAAGGUCACGGGAAGAUUUAGGAGAAACGACAAGAUAGGGAAAGGAUGGAAGCGCACAUGCGCGUCGUUAAUGUGGAGUGACCACGUUAUCGCGAAGAUAUCACAUUCAAAUGGAACCUGGCGUUCGGGUUGUUUGGCCAUUAAAACUGUAUGAACCCGCUUGGGGUGGGUAUCGCUUUUCUUGUUGUGGAAAGAUAUCUGAAUAUAUGCUCUCACACGCCCCAAUUCCAUUGCAACAUCUUUUUUUAUUCUACGGCUUUUGAAUAGUCUCGCCAUAUCCGUACGAUCUGCAGCUUUUCCCAUCCGGCCUGUUUGCCGCUGUUCCCAACAGUUCGAGCCCGCCAUUCAGGCCCAAACCCCUCGAUGCGACUCUUGACUUGAUCUGGCUUAUUUUGAGCGCAUAGGAGGAGGUAGGCACAACCGCGUCGGGACAGGGUUUGGGGUAGUGCCUCGAUCAGUCUAUCUGUUGUCUCCAUACCAUCUAAGCCGCCUGCGUAAGAUAAGGCCAGCAGAUACGAAUCGUCGUCAAAUGAAGGCUUUGUGCUGACUGCAAGGUCGUCUGCGGUAAACGAAUCUGGUCUGGCAGGCAUCUCAGGGGUGGGCACAUAUGGCGGGUUGAAAAUGAGGACGUCAAUGGUGCCCUCGCGCCAUGGGGUUGUGAGAUCUCCCAUGCACGAGCCCAGAUAGAAUGCAUGUGAGUCGGGGUUGUCAGAAGCUGCCUUUGCAACUGUCCCGACUGUAGCCCGACACGCAAAGGCGUUCAUGUCAACUCCCGCAGUAAGGACCUCGCGCGUGCCAAAAAGCUUUUGCGCAUGUGCGUGGACAAAAGCGAGGACGACGCCUGAGCCUGUGCCGACCUCCACCACGAGAGGCGCUAUAUCGGGAAAAGCCUUUUGGAGAUACUCGGUCUCUGCAGCAGAUGAGAGCGUGUCCAAGAGGAGGUAUGAGUCCUCGGCAGGUUCGUAGACUCGCUCGUAUGGGACGUGCGAAGUGUCUGGUGUUGGUAGCAUGAUGUAUGCCUGUCAAUGUGAAAAUACGUUGUGGUUGUGGUGAGGCUUCAUGGUUAGAUUAUAGAUAGAAAACUUGUGAUG